GCGGGCAGGGCAGGCAGGGCGGGCAGGACCGGGCAGGGGUGUGGGCAGCGGCCGCUGCGGCGCGGGGCCUCGGCCGGUGGACGGCGGCGGAACGGAGCGGGCGGAGCAGAGGUUCUGAAUUCUGCCUGAACCGUGCACUGAGAGCAGCCCCUGGAAGCAGCGGCGGGGUGACCAGCAGCCAUGACGACGGAGACGGGCCCCGGGUCGGAGGUGAGGAAUGCGCAGGAAGAGGCUCCGCAGCAGCAGCUGGAGGCGGCUGCCCACGGCCCCACCGCAGCCCCCAACCCCGCCGGCCGGGACAGCGACACCAAUGAGAAGCCCGGGGCACAGUCUGAUACCCGAAAUAUGGAGCCAGGCACAGACAUGGAGGACAAGGACUACAGUGAGACAGAUGGGCUCUCUGACAAAACAACCCCCAGCAAGACCCAGAAGUCACCCCAGAAAACCACCAAGAAAGUGAAGAGUGCCCUGUGCAGGGUGACCCUGCUUGAUGCCUCCGAGUAUGAGUGUGAGGUGGAGAAACACGCCCGAGGCCAGGUCCUCUUUGACAUGGUGUGUGAGCACCUCAACCUCCUGGAGAAGGACUACUUUGGCCUCACCUUCUGUGACUCAGACAGCCAGAAGAACUGGUUGGACCCUUCCAAGGAGAUCAAGAAGCAGAUCCGCAGUGGGCCCUGGAACUUUGCCUUCACUGUGAAGUUCUACCCUCCAGACCCUGCCCAGCUCACAGAGGACAUCACAAGAUACUACCUGUGCCUGCAGCUCCGUGCAGACAUCAUCACAGGGCGCCUGCCCUGCUCCUUUGUCACCCAUGCCCUGCUGGGCUCUUACGCCGUCCAGGCCGAGCUGGGCGACCAUGACACUGAGGAGCAUGUGGGCAACUAUGUCAGCGAGCUCCGCUUUGCCCCCAACCAGACACGGGAGCUGGAGGAGCGCAUCAUGGAGCUGCACAAGACUUACCGGGGAAUGACCCCCGGGGAAGCAGAGAUCCACUUCCUGGAGAAUGCCAAGAAACUCUCCAUGUAUGGGGUGGACCUGCACCAUGCCAAGGACUCAGAGGGAAUUGACAUCAUGCUGGGCGUCUGUGCCAAUGGCCUCCUCAUCUACAGGGACCGGCUGCGCAUCAACCGCUUCGCCUGGCCCAAGAUCCUCAAAAUUUCCUACAAGAGGAGCAACUUCUACAUCAAGAUCCGCCCGGGUGAGUAUGAACAGUUUGAGAGCACCAUUGGCUUCAAGCUGCCCAACCACCGCUCAGCCAAGCGGCUCUGGAAGGUCUGCAUAGAGCAUCACACCUUCUUCAGGCUGGUGUCCCCAGAGCCACCCCCCAAGGGCUUCCUGGUGAUGGGCUCCAAGUUUCGGUACAGUGGGCGGACGCAGGCGCAGACGCGACAGGCCAGUGCCCUCAUCGACCGCCCAGCUCCCUUCUUCGAGCGCUCCUCCAGCAAACGGUACACCAUGUCUCGCAGCCUUGACGGAGAGUUCUCUCGUCCAGCCUCCGUCAGUGAGAAUCAUGAUGCUGGGGCAGAGGGUGAGAAGGAGGACGAGGACGGUGAGUUUGGCAGCAGGAGACAGUCUGAGAUGGAGGAUGAGGAAGUGACCACCCCGACGAAAAUCAAGGAGCUGAAGCCGGAGCAUGAAACAACCCCCAGGCACAAGCAGGAGUUUUUAGACAAGCCAGAGGAUGUUUUGCUGAAGCAUCAGGCCAGCAUCAAUGAGCUGAAGCGGACCCUGAAGGAGCCCAACAGCAAACUGGUUCACAGGGACCGGGACAGGAGGCUGCCUUCCUCACCAGCCUCUUCCUCACCCAAGCAUGAGGAUGAAACGCCAAAGGGAACACCCGAAAAGGCCAGUGAGACGAUGGAAGAGGACAUCCUAGACGAUUUUGCAUCAGAGCAUGGAACUUCCCUAAGCAUGGAGUCUUUCACGCAGAAAAGCCUUGUCUCCUCUCCUGAGGGCUCGGAGCAUUGGGUAUUUAUAGAGAGAGAAGCCCCUAGGCUGGAAGCGGUAGCUCUGAGGAAAGCUCUGGGAGUCAAGAAGGAAGAAGCACGUGUGGGUACCUCAGAGGUGAACACGAGUGUGAGCCUGUUGAAGGUAGAGGUGGCAGUAGGGAAAACCAAGGAAGUGACAGGCCAGAAAGAGCCCCCAGCUGCAGCCCCGGAUACCCGGAAGAGAGCCAAAAUGAUCGCCAGUCCUGAGGAUUUUGAGUCUGUCUGGGAGGAUGAGAUCUAUGAGAAAGAAAGCAGAGGCAGCCCAGAAGCAGCACACCUGCCCACUGACAGCACAGAGAAGAAGCCUCAGAGCAAAGGAGCAGUCAGUGGUGAGCCGGGGCUGCCCAAGCCCUGUCAACAACCUGAAGAGAGACAAAGGGCCAAGAUUUUAGGGCCAGAGCAUCCCGAGGGAGAAGGCAAGGUGCUCUCCAAGGAGUGUGCUUCUGCAGCCUCCAGGAAACAGGAGGCCAGAGUGCCAGGCACAGCCACAGAGCUCCUGAAAACCAAAGUGAAGGCUGGAGAUGACAGCUCAGAGACUUCUGCAACCCAGAGGAUCAUCUACUUAGGAGAUCCAGAGGGAGAGGAGAAGGACAGUAAAACACAACUUGUCUUGGACACUAGUGGGUGGCUUGGCUUGGAGGAAAUACCAGAAGCCACAGUGAACACGUCUAGGGAGGAAUCAGGGCACGCAACACCAGCAGCAGAAGGGUUCCAACCCCCUUCUUCAGCAAGUCACCAACACAAGGCAGUGUCUGGAAAACCUACUGGAGCACCAGAGCAGCCCAGGAUGGGCUAUGACAGGACCAGCCUGGUGGGACACACCAUCUCGCGGUGGGAGAAAGAGUUGUCCCUGCAGCCAGAGAAAGCAUCUGCUGGGGUGCCCAGCUGUGGGGCACCUGCAGGAAGUGAAGCCCUGCCAUGUGUUCAGGAGGUGGGACCAGAGGAGACAGAGCUGCAGAGCCCAGUGGGAGGCCUAAAGUCACGUGGCCUGGCAGGGGAUGGCCACGGGGCUAAGGAGCACAGAGGGAGCCCAGCACAGUGCUCUGACACCUGCACAGCUGAGGAGGAGCUCUUGGGAGCAGAUGGUGACAAGGAGAAAAGUGCCAGAGUGGUUCUUCAGAUGGAAGAGAUAGAGGCCAAGUCACCUCCCUCAGCUGUGUCUUGGCCAGGCCAUGCUGUGGGGUUGGAGGGAGAUAAACCCAGUGCUCCUGCCCCUCCACCCUUUCCCCAGCAAUCCAGCCCUGUCCCUGUGGAUUCAGCUCCAGGUACCAAGUCUGAGGGCACAGAGCUGUUUCAGAACACCAGCCCUGUGAGAGGAGUGGGCAUGCCCAAGGAUGUUAGCCCCUCUGUGGAGGUGGCCCUACCCAGGGAAACUGAUCCUGAAUCUGCAAAACAACACCAAGAUAUAGGAUUUACCUCAUGGAAACCACACCAAGGGACAAGUCUCAGUGCAGCAGAACCACCCCAAACCAGAGAUAUUGCAGCAGAGUCAAUCCAGGUCAGAGACACAGCCACCUGGGAGGUGGCCCAGGACAUGGACCCUGCCACAGCACAGAGCAAAAUCCCUGGCUCCAAAAUGCCACUGCAGGAGGAGAAGCCCAUGAUAAAAGAGUUCUUCCCGGGUUUGGGGCCCACAUCAGGGAAGCUGACUGGAGAUGAAGGCUGUCGGAUGGAAGAACUGCCCCAAGAUAACAGGCCUGGUGUGAAAGAGCUGCCCCCCCAAGCAGAAGAACCAGAAAAACAGACAGAGGCCAUCAUGAGAGACCUGCCCCGAGAGGGUUCCGUGGCUGGGGAGCUGUUCCACGUUGCCGAUCCCAAAACACAGGAGUCACACUGGGACUCAGAGUUUAGUGUGGCACAAGAUCUGCAGGGCAAGAGCCCAACAGUAGGAGAAACCACCAGGGCCAGUGACCUGGCUCCGGAGCAGCCACUGCAGAAUGAGUCUAUUCCCAAAGAAGCUGCUGAUGUCUCACACUUCCAGUCCCCUGUAUUAGGAUUGUGCCAAGGAAGUGAGACGUUCCGGCUCUCUGCCUUGGUGGAUGAAGGUGAGGGAGAGCUGCAAGUGAGGGAUGGGACACAUCAAACAGAGCCUGAGUCGUUGGUAUCUGUGGCUGGGCAGGCAGGAGCUGUGUCCCAGGAGCACAGAGAUGUCAACGUGGCCCCAGGAAGCUGGGAGGACAGCAAGAGCUACAGGAAAACCUCUGUGGCCUCCAAGAUAAAGUUGUUCGAGCAAAGUGAAGUGGAGCGAAGGGAGGCCCAGGAGGGACAAGAGCGUGUGCCUGAAGCUGGGACAUCAGCGAAAGCGAAAGGGAAGACAGCUCUGGCACGGGACAUGCCUUUGAGCACCUGCCUCGCCUCACCACCAGCGGUGGAACCCGUGUCCAGUGUGAGCUCCUUGGCCCUUGGGCAAGGGGCUGGUUCAGGAGACAUCUCCCAGCCUCACUCCCCGAAGGAAGAUGUCUCUGUUGAUCUGGAGCAUGAAGAAGACAAUGCUGAUCUGGCCUCCCCCGACUCUGGCUGCGAGCUCACCCUGGCUGAGGCCAUGAGCAAAUUUCAGGAACCAAAUGGGGAAGAAAAGGAUUUGUCUGACCCAUCAGUAAAAUCCAGCCUGAAAGAAGAGAAUUUAAAAACUGCUGUUCCAGUGGUCUCCCAGAGAGCGGGUGUGAGGGAGGGCACCGAGGAGAGACCUAAACCACCUCGGCACAGGGCCCCCGAGAGCGACACCGGCGAUGAGGAGCCUGACCAGGAGAAGGACUCAGUCUUCCUGAAGGACAACCACCUGGCCAUCGAGCGCAAGUGCUCCAGCAUCACGGUCAGCUCAACCUCCAGCCUGGAAGCAGAGGUGGACUUCACUGUGAUCAGUGACUUCCAUGGCACAGCCUUUGAGGACAUCUCACGGAGCCUGCCCGAGCUGGACAAGGACAAGAGUGAAAUGGAAGAUGAAGGCCUUGUUUCCUUCCAGCACACUGACAAAGUAGUUUCUGAACAGGAAGAGGAUGUCAAAGGCAGGGAGAAGGUCUCCCAGCCCAGCCCAGAUGUCUCCCAUCUAGAGCCAUCAGCCCCAAAAACAGAUGCUGCGAUGGUCGGCCUGGGGCUGGGUGUGAAGAAGCCUGAAGCAGAUGGCUCUAUUCCCCAACAGCAGGUGGACGGAGGCACCCCAGGCAGCAGGGACACCCCGAGCAGCAGGGACAUCACUGCCACUGCCCAGGCUGGCACCACAGAGACGGCACUGGUGACCUCAGAUCACAGCACCAAGGCUGGGAAAGGGGCCGUUCCCACCACAGAGCUUCGCUCCCUCUCACCGAUCUCCAGCGGCUCUGCUGGGAAGGAGAUGCUCACCAGCAUAUUCAGUGCCACUGCAGAAACUCUGUCCACUUCCACCACCACCCAUGUUACCAAGACUGUGAAAGGGGGAUUUUCUGAGACCCGGAUAGAGAAGCGCAUCAUUAUCACAGGAGAUGAAGAUGUGGACCAGGACCAGGCACUGGCUUUAGCAAUCAAAGAGGCAAAACUCCAGCACCCUGACAUGCUGGUAACCAAAGCUGUGGUAUACAGAGAAACAGAUCCCUCUCCAGAGGAAAGGGACAAGAAACCUCAGGAAUCUUGACCAACAUGUUCCUUGAAGUCAACAUCUGUAUUCCAACCUGGAGAACAGGGGAGAAGGAGCCUUCAUGCUGGAUUUGUCAGCAAGACAUAGACAUCCUGGCUGCAAUGUUCAUGACGAAGAGACAAAAAUUUUUAAAAAAGGAAUAGCAAAUAUAUUAUAUAUAUAUAUACAUACAUAUAUAUAUAUAUAUAUAUAUAAAAACAGGAAACAAAAUGCAUCCUUGCACUGCUGCUAUAUGCUGGAAAUGAAUAGCAAAAAACACCACCAACAAACAAAGUCAACCCUCUGCAGAUAAAUUAAAGAAUUUCCUGGAUUGGUGAUCAAAUAAGAUUUAAAAAGUAAUAAUAAUAACAAUAAUAUCGGUAACAAUACAAUAAGCCACCAUCUUGCAUGUUACAUUAAAGGACACACAAUCAUGAGUUCAUUUGUUGCACACUGAAUGGAAAGAAAAACUGCUUUGCAACAAAGCAAGAAGUAAGCAAACUGAAGUAAAAAACCACAAGCAGAAGCAAAACCAUUCCCCACCUCUGGAAAGAAGAGAGAAAAACACUGAAUUUACGACCAUAGAGUUAUUUUCCAAUUCACAAGUGUUGUUUUGCCCUUCUCCUCAUUCCAUGCUGGUUCUUCUGCAUUUUUUUGAGUUCUGUUAACUCUUCCCCUGCCCUUCCUUAUCUUCUCUGUGCAUUUGUCCAACCUCUUGUUCUCUGAAGGUAUUUAGGAACGGAUUUCAUUUCAAACAAAGAAAAUGAUAUGUAUAUGGUUUCUCAUCUCUAAAGAGCAACCUGUGGGGUUUCAUAUGGAUGUGCAUUUAAGUUAUGUAUAUUAUUAUAUAUAACAAAGGGGGAGGGAGGGAACAAUGCUGAAAUAAUUCAACAGUGCUGGUAAAUACAGUGCCAACAUUUUUAAAUUAUUAACUCUUUGACUGUGGUUGGUGUAUUUUGAGACUCUCAGAUCACACAUGGACUCUGAGUCCUGCAAGAAGAGAACUGAGAAGGUUUCAGCUGCUGCUAGUUGUGGGGGGAAGGUGAAAGGGCAAGGGACAAGAAUGUCCCUCCAGCUGAUCUGCGUGUAUGGUGGUUAGAUUUGGAGGGGCAGCAGUGACUUGGAGGGGUAAGGAAGGGAGUUGAGGCUCCAGCUGCAACAGCUGUUGGCAGAAUUGUCUCCUGGCCCCCAGCCAGAGCCAUGGGAUCAGCUGGACUGUGUUCAUCGCUCCCCUCCAGCCCACUGAGCCAUGCCAGUGGUGGGGGUGGUUUUGCUUUGUUUCUGGAUCCCAGUAAUGAAGUUACUUGAACUUUGUAGUAGGGUCGAAGGCAGAGGGCUGUUUCUGCCCUGUUUACCAUGAUACCUAAGGUGUGAUGGCAAGGGCUGCCUGAGGCGCUUGGGCUGGGGACAGCAAUGGCAGGACCGUGGCAGUCCUUCCCCAACCUGCCUGGGAAUGGGCAGUGGAGGAACCAUACUGUGUCCAUCACUGCAGAGCGUCCGCAGCAUCCCAGGCUGGAUGGGAGAGCCCAGGCCCUCUGCAUAAGCAGGUGUGUGUUGACGAGGUGUCAGUGGAGCUGCUCCCAGCUCGGCCCAGCUCAGCCUUCAGCCACAGGCUCCCUCCACGGCUGCCUUUGGAAGGGGACCAUGGACCGAGCCCAGGGCCUCUGUACACUGUGAACCAGGCAGUUAGCUUAGACUCAGAACCAAAACCAGAAAGGAAAGGAAAUAAAUGGAUUUCCUUCUCGAAAUCAUCUCUAGCUCCUACAGAAACAGAAGGGCCCAUGAUUCUGCACCAUUUUGCCUUUAGUCUCCUACCCCUCACACAGAUCGUGCCCAGAAAUAGGCAUGUUUUGUCAGGCCACAGCUUGGAGGAUGCCAUGACAGAUCCUGCUUACCACCCUCACUGUCCCCGGUGGGAGCUGCUCCCUGGCAGUUGGACUGACCAGUUGCUAACCAGGAUGUCCCUGUGAAGUCUGUUCUCCUAGCAGAGUGGUUUCUCCUGCAAGCGUGGAAGGCAUGACCACAAGCAGGUAGGGCUGCCAGCCCUUGAGGGUUUCCCCAGCUUCCAGCCAAGCGCCUUCAGCUCCUUUUAGAGAGCAGACCCCCAACCUGAAAAGAGUUAAAGCAGUUGCAUAGGCUACUUUUCUCUUGGUUGUUUUUCCAAUGUACCCAAGCCAGCCAUGACCACCAAUGGCACUGUCAGAGGGUGAGGGGGUGGUGGAUGGCCAGUGGUCUGCCCACUGUGCUGGUGUUCAUCAGCACACAGUGUGUUUUAGACAUGGAGGAGCCCACCCAGCUUGGAUAUUGCCCUUGGACACGUCCACAACUCCCCCAAGGCCACUGGGAGCCUCAAGAAUUGCUUUUGGCAUUGUGCAGAGUCAGGAAAGUGAAGGUUCCUGUGGAAAUGAGAGGCCUUACACAGUUAGGAUUCAUGUGCGCUUGGACUGAAGUGAGUUCUGUUUGCAGUGAGCAAACCUAGCCCCUGGCUCCCACAGCGUUUAUGGGUGGCAGUGUCUAAAACUUUUCUUAAAAAAAAGGAAAAAAGGAAAGAAAAAGCUCGCUGUUUGUUCUCUGGGUGAGGUAUGGCUUUCUGAUGCUCAGCUCCAGCCUACCCAUCACUGCGCUCUGUUUUUAAUAGCUGGUCACUGCUUGUUUUCUUCCAGGGGCCUUUCUGUUGAAAGGGGUGGGAGACAUGAGUGCCUGUUUUUACCCAAUCCCACAAAUUCAUUCUGAACGUGGCCUGCGAUUGCAUGAAUAAUAAUAACAAUAACAAUAAUAAUAUUUAUUUUUAUUUGAGAAGCACCUUACCAACCAACUGCAAUGCUCUCUUGUUCCUUCACUAACUCUCCUUUUCUCUUCCCUUGUUCUCCCUCUCCCCCUUUGGUCAUACUCCUUUUCAGUGCUCGGUGGUGUAUGCGUGUGUGCUCAUUGUUCUUGUAUUCAAUAAAAGUGAAAUAAAUGUGUUUGAUGCUAAAUCA